UCUCUCUCUCUCUCUCUCUCUCUCUCUCUCUCUGGGAGUGAAAGACAUAAUACUCCACAACCUGGAGUGUGUCAGAGCGAGAGAAAGCGAGGUGUCAUUGAAAACACGGAAAGGAAGACAGAUAGCUGUGCGUUUGUAAAUAAUAAGCAAAGUGCGGAGAAGAGACACGGGACUAAAGUAGCUUUCUGAUCUGAGGACGUUACUGAAACACUGGUUUAUUGGAAAGGGUAAAAUAUCCAGGUCUGUUUUUAACCAUCUGAGAUGGAGGGAGAGAUAAAAGAAGGGAGGAAGAUCCAGUUUUCUGUUCCCUCCGCAGGUCCGAUUCAGCUCGACCCCAGACAAGUGGAGAUGAUUCGGCGUCGAAGGCCGACCCCAGCCACGCUUUUCCGCAUGACAGAUCACCCGUCUCCGGAGGAAGAGAGUCCCAGCAUUCCGAUGUUUGUUAGUGAAAAUGGAGUUUCAAAGCCCAAGAAUACGGAUGCAGCCAUUUAUCAGCCUCCUUCACUCAAAGCUGUUCAAAAGAUGGCACAAGCUCACAUUAAAUCUCCAGACACUCCAUCAUCAGAAUCAUCCGACAAUGAAGAUGCUUCUUCAACUUCUCCUAUUGGUCCACCGGAUGAAACCAAAUCUGAGAUAUCAGAGCACCCAUCAUCAUCAGGAGGAUUAAGAGAAGUGGAAGCAGAUCAUUUAAGAGCAGAAAUCCCAGAAAACUGGGAGCGUGAGGAAGAAGGGGAAGAAUGAAAGCUGAUGAGGUAGAAACCAGACUGGAAACUUAUAUAUGUAUGACAUAUAUAUGACAAUUGUGUGAGAAGAACCAUAUUUUUAUAAAAUGAGGAUAUAAAGAUAUCAGAGGUAGAGAGAGAGAGAGAGAGAGAGAGAGAGAGAGAGAGAGAGAGAGAGAGAGAGAGAGAGAGAGAUUAUGUGUGGGUGUGAGACAUAGGGACAGAGAGAAAGGUCAUGUUGAAGGUCAGUAUAUAACGAAGUGAAGAAAGAGAAGCUGUUGAAGUUAUUAAUGUGUCACCAUGAAGCUUUAAUCAUUUUUCACAGACCAGAUACUUCAAGGUCAAAUAUGCACGUUAAUAAAAAUGUAUCUUAAUGCUAUGAAUUAUUUACUUUUAUACAUCUGGUCCAAAAAGUCAAGAAUUACUUUAAUUUCUGGUAUCGAUCUGGGAUCGAAUGCAUUAUUAUUAUGACAAUAAAAAAAAGCACCAGUUUAUUUCAUUUUAAUGUCAUUUUAAGCAUUGCUGCUCGAUCCUGUAUCCAUAAAUCAUUUAUUUUAUGACAUCAGUCUGUAAUAAGUAACUUGAUAUAAACAGCACAAAAAGC